UUUUGAGGUUAACUAGUUCUUAUAGCAAACAUGUCCCGAACAAAAAUAUCAAUUUUAGCGAAACGGUCACUGAUCUUCGACCGCGUGCCAAGAAACUUCAGAAACAUCGUAAAAUGAUCUUGCAGAUUCUAGUGAACCUACAUACUUUUAGAUUAAACUGCGUAGAUUGUUAUCUUAACUGAGUGAAAAAGUAGGGAUAAAGUAAAAGUGAUUCACGCUGCAAGAGCAUUGCAGUCAUAAUAUUCAGCGAGUAUAACACGUCAGUAAUGAUAUUGCGCUUAGCAUUGAAAGGAUUGCGUCUGCCAACUCCAAGCAGAUUAUCCAAUCCGACCAUGAAUGAAAAUAUCACGAGUAUUCACUCAAGUGAAGACGCAGAAGUCUACGAGGUUCCAAUGUGUGUAUUAAUUAGGCCAUUUCCACCUGAAGUUGAUGACGAAAAGGUGAGAAGUUUGAUGAGAACCUUGGAAGAUCCGGAAGCUGAAUCUUUAGUACCUCCUGUUGAUGUUUUGUGGAUUAAAGGGAGAGAAGGAGGCGAUUAUUAUUACUCAUUCGGCGGUUGUCACCGAUACACAGCGCAUCAACGACUUGGCAGAGCCACAAUAAAAGCCAAAUUAGUGAAAUCCACCAUCACAGAUUUGCGAAGUUAUCUUGGAAAUUCCACGCCUGAUCUCAAGUGAUAUCGAAUUGUCCUAGAAAUCAUUUUAAGUCUCAAGAUUAUGUAAAUAUGGAAUUAAACGACGCAUUCUUAAAUAUAACCGUC